AUGUCAAGCACGACUACACAUUCUUCCUCGCUCCCAGUUGUCGAGCGAGGCCGCCUUUCUAUCCAGAGGUUUAUGCCACGUAACAGCGGUAGUAAAUACAAGGAUUGCUUUGGAGCUGAAUACCAUACGAUCCAAAGGAGGCCAUUCCACAAUAUCACACUGUGGAGGAUCGUAGGUGAACUAGCCUCCAAAGCAGAAAAUAUCCGGAGGUCUCUUUCGAACCUGAUAGAUGAAUUGCUGGCUCGACCUCAGGCCGUACCCAAUCUCCCUCCCUAUGCCAUCCACUGCCUCCUCAUUGGCGUAUCGAAACGUCAUGCAGCACCAUUUGUCACCAUCGUCACUUCGGUCGAAUGGCUCAGCAUAAGUCUGAAAUCAACAAUCACAAAUGCGAAAUUCCUUAAUGCCUUUCCCGACUGGCACUGUUUCAGGUUGCCUAUCAAUCCAGAAGUGGCGGCUCCGAACGACCUUCAAGUGAGCAAUCCUACGAAUGGUUACGGUAGUAGUGCAGGAGAGUACAAAGUCUUUGUUCUUGGUAGCGCACUGCCAACUCGUGUCAACGCCAUCAAGGUCGAGAUAUGGAAGAAUACAUCAUACGUUGGCGAGGCGACCGUCGGCGGCAUGAUCGUUAUGGGCGGUGAGGAGUUCGCUGUGACUGUUGCACAUGUAAUCUAUCCUCAACAGCCGUGCAGCCCAGGCACCUUUGAGAUCGAUGAAUCCGAAUUGAACUUCCUAGCCGGUUAUGAGGCAAGGGACGAUGCACAGUAUGCAAACUCACUCGGAGAUAUCACACCGGGCAGCAGCCCAUCGACACCGUCAGCCGAACGUCCGUCCAACCUAUCAUCCUCCUCGAUACCACAAGACUCAUAUGGAUACUCAGACGAAAAUGGGGACCUUCGUAAGCCGAAGACUAUGAUUGGGUAUUUGGCUUUUGUUUCUUGCAGCGAUAGUGAGAGACAGGGGAGUUUCGGUGCACUCGACUGGGCGCUGAUCAAAUUAGAUCCCAGGAUAUCGGAGGCGAGCCAAUUUAUGCCAGACUUGCGUAUCAAUAUCAGUAGACUCAACAGCCCAGACGACAAAGUCAAGGAUAUCACAAUACUAACAGCUUCUGCUCCUAUCUCUGGCACCGUUAUCUCCGAAGCCAUAUUCGGAAUUCCUGGCUUCAAAACUCCACAGCCUGUCAGAGUGGUUAACAACGGGAACAUACAUCAGGGUGACUCUGGCUCUAUGGUCGUGCAAAAAGGUACUGGAAUUCUCAUGGGUAUCCUUAUCGGGGUCUGUCGGCCCUUGAAUGAAGCAUAUAUACUCACAAUUGAGGACCUUUUGCAGGAUAUCAAAGCUCAAAUUGGUGAGGAGGUGAUGCCUCUCCUUAGGGAAAACCCACCGGAACAACCUAAUAACUCUCAUGCCUUGGAUGAGUGCACACAGACCGGCUUCGAUAACCUACAGGAUGAAGCCGAAGGCGAAUCGAGUGGCAUUCUUCAUACGUCUCCAUCUUCUUCUUAUCCUUUAGCAUCAGAGAACCCGAAAAGCAGCAACCUGCAGGACGAUGAGAAUGAAGAACCAAGUGAUCAAUGUGGCAACAGCACGACUCCAAACAUCCGUAGGGGGUCUCCAGUCUACGAGGUAGAGCGUGAAGGAAAGCGACCCAGACUACAUUCCAAGACUGACGGCUAUCUACGCUUCCCCGACCCCAAUGAACUGCAGGAAUACAUAUUCGCGUGCCCCUUCGAGAAGUAUGAUCCUGACCGUUGCGCAAGAUGCAGCAGCUAUAUUAUGAAGACAUUUGAAGACGUCAUCCAACAUAUCGAACGAAAACACCUCUUGAAAACAGUCGACCACUAUUGCCCAUUUUGCCGGCUAGAGUUCCCAGACGAAGAAAGUCUGGAUAAUCACUGCAUCAGCCUAAGCUGUCCGUAUACGCCGGUUGAGUCGAAAGAUGUCGCUGUUAUGCUACCUGCAGAGUUCACACGUUUGAUUGAUACUUUGACAUCUAGUGAGGUGCGAAACAGCAGCGGUGUCGAGAAAUGGAACCAACUAUGGGCCCUGCUCUUUCAUUGCCAACCCCCUUCAUCGCCAUACCGAGACCUUGUUGUCCUGAGCCGCCACAGAGCCGAAGAAGACAGACUUGCUGGGGAACUAGGCCUUUGUCUGGAGAGGCAUGGUAUCACACCCACCGCUGGUGUGAUAGACUCCAUGUGUACAGAUCUAUUGCGGGGGUUCUUUAGUGAGCUUCCGACACCAACGACACCCUUUGUCAACAGUCCAACCACUGGUGAUACGUUAACCAGUUUCGGUACAAACUGGGAUCGUUCGAGACUCGAAGAAAGUGAUGCUUUGCGUCACAUGUCAUCAACUUCAUAUAGUUCUGUCAAUCUGGUCCCGCCAACUACAAGUCUUUCACUAGAGGCGUCGGUUGAUAGAACACAGGGGAUUCAACGCCGAACUCAUAAUAUUCCGUCCUCGCCCUCUUAUAGCAGCCCUGGCUCAUCAAGUGCACAACGGGAUGAGGAAGCAGAUAGUCUUCGAACGUCGAUCUCAUCACUUCCAAAAGUUCACGGCAUGGAGCCAUUCAAUGAACAGGAGGAGCGACAUCUCCUUGCCGAAAUUAUUAAACACAGUCAAUUAGAUAUACAAUAUUUAGAGAAUCUAGUUCGUCACAUUGAGCCAAACUGGAUGCAAAUGCAACUCCCGAAUGGCCGCAAUAUGGCUCAGUGUAUGGAGACAGCUCAGAACAUGUACAUAGGACUGCGCGGGAUGAAGCAGAAAGCUUAUGAAGAAGAGCCAAAUACCGCACAAGCGCCUCCUGCUAAGAAGAAAAAGGGUCGUCCAGCAUAUGCAGGCCAGGACGUGACUAGCCAGCGACCUUUCAACCCUACACCUAUCAUUGCAAAACCAUUUGCACAAAGGCUACAAAAUGCUCAUUCGGUCUUUCGUCCUAUUGCCCCGGCCCCGGCCCUGGCCGCUUCCCUACCGCCCUGGCCCCUACCUCCGAGUUUUCGACGCCCACUUCCUGUAGAUUCUCACAAUACGCUCAGGAAUCCAGAUCCUCAUCAGUCUUCUAUCACUUCGACCGCUGUGAGUUCGAGCCCGGGAAAGGCGUCUGGGGAUAAAAAUUAA